AUGCCACUUCUAUCCAUCAAGACCCGCCGGUCAGCGUUUGGGCCUAGCUACGGCUCGCAAAUCCAUUUCUUGCAUCCUGGGUAUCCCGACGGACGGAACGUGCUGCUUAGCCUUCCCGCCUUUGACGACCGAGGCAUUCAUCACGAAACGGCUCGCAUCGCCUGCGCGGAUGGCUUUCUCUCUCCAACUAGAGAUGGCGAAGCGGUGGCAGAAGCAGGAGACGAUAUACUUGUCAAUAAGAACUACUAUUCUAGAGUCCCAGACGUCGUCCCGUCGUAUCAACACUUUUGCUGUCCGACCACCCUCCCCGAAUCAUGCGCUACUGAAAGCCUGCACAUCGAGCCCACCUCUAUGGAUGACGUGGGAAGCAGAGACCAAAUAUGCCGUGUGACAGCCUCGGAGCUCGCUAACGUGAUUGCACACAUCAUCCCUCAGGCGCAAAGCGAAUGGUGGCAGCGUAACAUCAUAUUCAUGUACACGGCCAACCCCGACCUCUCUUCUGAUACGCGCUGCGCGGAAAAUGCAAUUUUGUUACGUCGUGACAUACGGUUCUUCAUGUCCUGGAGAAGUUCAUCGCACGAGCUCGAGACAGAGUACCAUAACCUAGAGCUGCAGCCGCUCUCGUGUGAAGCGGACACCAGCAAACUUGUUUCUGCGGCUGCGAAGGCGAAUAGCCGCAGCCAAAGUCCGAAGAAGCGGGCGCGGUCGGCGCUGAGCAGUGACGACGCAACGGUGGAUGAAAUCGAGUCGGACGGGUCUGAGCAGCGAGGACGACGUAGGGGGAGGAGAUGGUCGCCCGAGCCUUCACCGGGCUAG